GUCUCGCUGACAACGAGAACAUACGAGAUUCAAAAUGGCCGCGCCCUGGUGCUUAGAAAAUUUCAACGAGGGAAAGAACGAUAAUGUUGUGAUAUCCCAUGCAAGGGAUGCACAGAAAGUAAGACAAAUCUUAGAAGACAACAAAAUAUUUGACAACAGGCGAAGAUUGAAGAAAAUUUCUGAAGGAAGAAUCGCAAUACCUUUGAAAGAAUCAGGGAAUUUGGAGCCUGUAGUUGAAGCUCUUUGUAAAAUUGGUAUUACUAUUGAAAAGGAAAGUUGGAAAUUACCCUUGUCAAAAAGUGCCUUAGCACGAACACCAUAUGAUUCUUUGGUUGCCUCAAUCUGUGAUCUCUUAGGAAAAGAUGAUGUAGAUUUUUCGACACUUUUGAAGGAUAUUCCAACCCACUGGGAAAGACAUGGUGAUCUGAUUGUGUUUCCAGUCAACUUUUUUACUCAGCAUGCUUGGCAAGGUUUAGGAGCUAGACUAUGGGAGGCUGUAGCUACAAGUCUUGGAUGCUCCAGAUUAGCACAGAAGGGAACCAUAAGCUCUAAUGGUUACCGGUCUCCACAAGUGGUUCUGUUGCUCGGUGAAAGUGGAUGGGUGGAACAUGUGGAUAACAGUAUCAGGUACACCUAUGACAUAACUAAGUGUAUGUUCAGUGCUGGCAACAUCACCGAGAAAUUAAGGGUAGCAGGUUUCAACUGUGCAGGAGAAACUGUCGUAGAUCUUUAUGCAGGGAUUGGUUACUUCACAUUGCCUUAUUUGGUCCAUGCCAAGGCUGAACAUGUCCAUGCCUGCGAGUGGAAUCCUGAUGCUGUAGAAGCCCUAAAGAAAACUCUCGUACUGAACCAUGUAUUUGAUAGGUGUACCAUACAUCAAGGAGACAAUAAACAGACUUGUCCAAGGAAUAUUGCUGACCGGGUCAACCUAGGAUUAAUACCCUCGUCUGAGGAGGGAUGGCCGGUGGCCUGUAGAGCUCUGAGGUCUUCUGGAGGCUUUCUUCAUAUCCAUAGUAAUGUCACUUCCAAGCAUCCCAGUAACACAGACAUUGGUAACCAUGGAGAUACUAUAGACAAAUCUGAUUCUUCAAUAUGUUUGAAAUAUGGAAAUGCAAAUCAUGUCAGUUUGAAAGGCAGUACAGAUAUUGAUGAUUUAACUCAAGAUAAAAGCGUUGCAUUCAAUGUCAACAAGGAUUCUUCAAAGAAAGAAUUAAAUAUGGCAGAAUCUGAAGGAAAAGCAAACAACAGGAAGAAAAAAUUCUGUAACAGUGAUAUUUGUGAUGAUGCCAGUCAGUGUACUGUGAAAUGUGAACGCGACAAAAACAAUCUAUCCUGUGAUAAUACUUCCAAAAACCAAGACAAUGUCGGAGAAACGACUGUGAUAGCUUCUGGAACUUCUAAUCAAGGUUUUCCAUCUUUGAAAAAAAUAUGUUCGUGUAAAAAUAAAAAAAUCAAUCAACGGUCUGCAACUGAAAUCAGUAAAGGAGACUGGCAUCUCUGGGCUGAGGAUGUAGCCCAGAAAAUAUCACAGUUGUGCACCCAGGUCCGCAAUGAUAAUUGUUUAUGGACAGCUAACAUUAUUCACAUUGAACAUGUCAAAUCAUAUGCUCCACAUGUUGAUCACCUGGUACUCGACCUAGAAUGUCGACCCGCGACAGAUAAAUAAAAACAAAAAAUUUUGUUCAUUU